GCCGCUCCGCUGUCCUCCGCUCCGCCGCCGAGAUUAAUGCGCGGCUCCUGCCCCACCGUGCAGCGUGUGGCUGUGCCGGGGAGCCCCGAGUGUUGGUCAGUCGCUGCCAUGACAACCCUCGGAUGUCGGCGGGCGCGCGCGAGAGGGAUUCAGAGGAGAUGCUCCCGGCGAGGAGGGAGAGCGGAGCGGGGAUGCUGAAACUGGCGGCGGCGGUGGCGAAGAAGAAGAAGAAGCAGGAGGAGGAGGAGAGAAAAUCGGCGGCGGCGAGAGCAGGAGGAAUAGCAGCUGCCAACGGUUCCCGCUCGCUACUCCUGCCAGCCCGCGUCCUUUAAAGUGCUGGAGAGAGGCAGCCGAGCCUGGUCCGAGGGGCUUCUCUCUCACUAUCUGUCUCUCUGCCGCCCUACCUGGAGCUCGCUCGGGUGGAAACGGAGAGAAGCGAGCGAAAGCUUGCCCUUUGCAGAGCCUGCCAGGCAGUGGGAGCGGGCUGGGUCCCCCCAAACCCUUGCCUUGCGAACCUUCCUUGGACUUUGGAGAGCUCUGUCUUGACGCAAAGGAAGUUUGGAGUGACAUUCUGUGUGUGCGGAUUGUGAUUUAUAUAGGAUCAUUGGAGAAGGCUUUCAGCGCCCAACUUGCCCCUCUCCCUAUCCUUGGGUCCCCCCCUUCUCUCGGUCCCCCCUUCCUAUUUCCUGCCCAAGAGAGCGGGUGGAAGAGAGAGGGGGAGAGAGAGUUGCAUUGCCCUCCCUUCUUGGGUUAUAAACUUUUGAUGCCGGAUCUGCGCAGCGCCUGCCCGACGGAAUCUUAAGGAGUGCCAGUGCGCAGCGGAGAUGCCACCUUCCCCAAGGCGAUGGACAACGUGACCGUCAAGCAAGGAGAGAGCGCCACCCUCAGGUGUACCGUGGAUGACAGGGUGACGCGAGUAGCUUGGUUGAACCGCAGCACUAUCCUUUAUGCUGGAAAUGAUAAGUGGUCAAUAGAUGAUCGGGUGGUUAUCCUCACGAACACCAAAACCCAGUACAGUAUCAAGAUCCAUAACGUGGACAUAUAUGACGAAGGACCUUACACCUGCUCCGUACAAACAGACAAUCAUCCAAAGACGUCACGAGUCCAUCUUAUUGUGCAAGUUCCUCCACAGAUUAUAAACAUCACGUCAGACAUCACCGUCAAUGAAGGCAGCAGCGUCACCCUUUUGUGCUUGGCUUUUGGGAGACCAGAACCAACAGUCACAUGGAAGCACCUGUCUGGCAGCAAAGGUCAGGGAUUUAUGAGUGAUGAUGAGUACUUAGAGAUCACGGGGAUCACCAGGGACCAAUCUGGGGAGUAUGAAUGCAGCGCUGUUAAUGAUGUCGCCGCACCUGAUAUCCGAAGAGUCAAAGUCACCGUAAACUAUCCUCCGUCCAUCUCCAGUGCCAAGAACAAAGGCGUCUCAGUUGGUCAGAGGGGGACCCUGUCCUGCGAAGCCUCAGCUGUCCCUGUAGCGGAAUUUCAGUGGUUUAAAGAAGAAACCAGAUUAGCCAAUGGGCUGGAUGGCGUGAGAAUUGAGAACAAAGGCCGGAUGUCCACACUAACCUUCUUCAAUGUAUCAGAGAAGGAUUAUGGCAACUACACCUGUGUGGCCAUCAACAAGCUGGGAAACACCAAUGCCAGUAUAAUCCUGUAUGAGAUAAGUGAAUCUCCACCACUAGCAGGCCCAGGAGCAGUCCACGAUGGCAACAAUGCAGCUUCCAGAGCGAUGGCCUGCCUCUGGCUAUCAGGCACCCUCUUUGCUCAUUUCCUCCUCAAGUUUUGAUAAGAAAAGCGAGGGUCCUUGCAGAUGACACCUGGCUUCUCCCACACCACAGACUUUUAACCAUCCACACUGCUGGGGGGUGGGAAGGGGUUAAGAAACAGCAACAGCCGUCUACAGCUUGAACAUACUGCCAGAAGGGCAAGGGGAGGGGGAGGACCAGCUGGGUUCCAGGUCAAGCACCCAUUCAGGAUCGGCCAAUCAUGGGCAUUUCCCAAAAGCAGAAUUAGUUUUCAUUUCCCUUCCCUUUGACCCCACCACCCUUCGAAAAUACCCUAUUUAUAUAUUAAAAAGAAAAAGAAAACAUGUCAACCUCUCAUUUUACCAUCCUCAGUGGAGCCCGCCCCAAAAAUUGCCCCAGGAGAAUGAGACCUCUUGGUCCUGAGAGAUGAUGCACAACAGGAAGUCGGGGAGGGGGGGAAGCAAGUCAAAAAGUGUCCUAUUAUCUCUGUGUCUCUUGAGCAAAAGGAUUGUUCUUUCUACUUGUAACACUGUACAUACAUGUUCAUGUUUCUAAGUGUCCGAUUACACUCUGGUUUCAACUCGC